GGACUGGCAGCACCUGGAUUCCGGACUUUCUCACCUCGGUCAAUCCAGAAAUGUCUUCAUUAGCCUCCAAACUUACAAAGCGCACUUCCCUCCCUCCUCUCUGCCCAACCUCCGUCUUUGACGCCUCGCUCACCGGCGAGAUCGCUCAACUCCCCAAGAAGCAGAACACCUUCAAGUCUGGUUUACACGUAUGGAACGAUAACUUACAUGAAGCGCAUGAAAUUGCGCAGAGUAUGGAUGGGGAGAUCAGUGCUGAUUACUGGCAUGCGAUAUUGCAUCGAAGGGAGAAAGAUUUCUGGAAUAGCAUAUGGUGGCUCUCCCGCAUCUCUCACCCAGUUUUGAUCCGCACCUGGGAUCCUACGGGAAACUCUCUAAGCACAGCACGGCGAGAGGCCAAGAAGUUUGUCGAUCGUGUUGAGAGGCUCGUUGUGUCGGGUGAGGCAGACAAGGAGGAAAAGGAUGAGUUGGAGAAGAAGCAGGCGGAGGAGAUGAUGGCGUUAUUGGAGUAUUGUCAGCGGGAGACGACGUGAAAGGGGGUGCUAGCGACACAUCGUGGUGAUCUGUCAGGAUGCCCGUGAUCAAGGAAAGGGCGUGCCGUUCGUUGCCGUUGUGAUGAAGGGUGCUCUCACUUCGACGGUUUUCUUCGAAUUCAGAUACUGUCCCCCAUUACGGCACAGUUCAAACGACUGCCGGAUCAUGAGGUCUCGGUACGUACGAAGCUAAAGGCGAAACGACAACAAGGUCGUUUGCACAUCGAACACACAGCCUACCACGCUCGCUUUCACAUAGAAGGGACGUUAUUCAAGAAAAGCAAAGCAUUGA